CCGACGCCCGAUGUCCCCCGACGCGCCCGCGAGAUCUGUCCGAGCGCGCGGGGAAAGGGCGUAGUGCAAAGGACGCGGGGAAAGUACGACCCGCGAGUGUCAGAAAGUGAGCUUGGAUUAAGGACCUCAGUGCCAAGAAUUGCGAAUACCAAGAACCGGCGCCAUGGAGUACGGCAUCAUGGACUUGCUCGAGGGGAAGGCGACGCGGCGCUUCUCCAGCAUGCACAACUGGGGAUCCUCGGGGAGCAUCACCCUCGACCAUGGCCUGGACAGCGCCACGCCCAACCUGCACCCCGCCGCCCGGGCCUCCUCCAGGAAGAAGCCGGAGGACGCCCUGCACCCGGAGGAGGUCUACCGCCUCCGAGGGGACGACCACGACGACCUGGAACACAUAGAGAUAGACCACAAGGAGGCGCGAUGCUGCAACACCAAGUACACGCAGUCCCUCAAGCACCUUCUCCCCUUCCGGCCGCCGCGGAAAGACAAGAGCCUAUUACCCAGCAACAAUGCCGGGAUGUUCAGCUACGUCAGUGUCAGUUGGCUUACCAGGCUGAUGUGGAGAGCCUACAAACACGGCCUCAGUCCUGGUGAUUUGUGGACGCUGCAGCGAGAAGAUGGUUCCGAGGUCAACUCAGAACGGAUAGAGAGGCUCUGGGAGGAUGAAAAAGGACUGGCAGAGCAGAACAAAAGAAAGCCCGAACUCUGGAGAGCUGUUUGGAGAUCGAUCAGAACCAGGGUCCUUGUCAGCAUUUUCAUUUCUGUCUUCCAGAACAUACUCCAGUUCCUCGGACCAUCAGUAAUUCUGAAAAUGGUAUUAGAUUACAUUAACGAACCAGAAACAGACCACACGUAUGCUGGCAUUCUUGUGGUGGCCAUAUUCCUCAUCAAUGUGUGUAGAGGAGCUGCCUUUAAUGGGAUGUUUGUUGUAGGCACUCACACAGCAACAAGAAUAACCGGGGCAGUCCAAGCGCUCAUUUACAAGAAAGUCAUGAAGCUAAAGACCGGAGGUGAGAAACUCUCCGCUCAGAUAAUUAACUUCAGCAAUAAUGACAUGGAGCGACUCUUUGAGGCUUCCAUUUCCUGCACCUUCUUGACUGCUAUGCCGGUGAUUUUCACAAUGAGUGUGGUGUAUUGCAUAUACAUCCUUGGGCCCUGGGCUCUUAUAGGACAAGGGGUGUAUAUCCUCUUCUAUCCAAUUAUGGGAGCAAUUGCAAAAGCACAGAGCAACAUUCGUGUCGAAACAGUGAAGGUAACUGAUAAGCGUGUGAGUCUGAUGAGUGAAAUCUUGAACAGCAUGCGGCUUAUCAAGAUGUAUUCCUGGGAAGACUCAUUUGCCAAGAAGAUAGCUGGAAUAAGGAACGAAGAGUUGAAGAAACAUCGCAUUGGAGCACUCCUGCAGGCCGUGAGCUCAACUGUGACGCCGAGUAUCAGUAUCCUGGCGACCAUUGUGACCUUCCUGGCGUACACACUUUCAGGAUAUUCUCUCAAAUCUGCUGAAGCAUUCACAAUAUUCUCGGUCUUCAAUGCCAUGCAGUUUACAGUUGGUGUUCUUCCAUUCACCAUUCGAUCAAUUGCUGAAGCAAAGAUUUCCUUAAGUAGGAUUCAGAAAUUACUAGAACUGCCAGAGCACAAAAAACGUACAGGAGGCUUAGUCAACAACAACCUUGCACUGCAAAUUAAAAAUGCAACAUUUGCUUGGGAAAUCAAUAACAUAGAUUUCAAAAACAAGUCAGGUCCUCCUGGUAGUGCAAAGGGAAAGAACAAGUCAGAUACAAAAGCCAAUGGUGAAGUUAAAGGAGAAAAAAAUCAAACAAAUGGCCAUGUUACAAGUGGACAGGCAAAUGGCAUAAAGAAUCCAGUCACAGAUGGCAAGUCAGAGCCAGUGAAGUGCAUUGAAACUCUCUUCAACGUCAAUGUCUCUGUUGCCCGUGGGAAAUUGAUUGGUGUCUGUGGAAGCAUCGGAUCUGGGAAAAGCUCUUUGAUUUCUGCUAUUUGUGGAGAUAUGAAACCCCAGAGUGGCGAAGUCCAGGUGAACGGUAGGUUGGCUCUUGUGACACAACAAGCCUGGAUCUAUAAUGACACGUUUAGGGAGAACAUUAUAGUAGGACAGAAGUUUGAUGAAGAACUGUACCGGAAAGUCCUGCGUGUGUGCGCCCUGGAAUCCGACAUCCAUUUACUUGCCGAGGGAGAAAUGACGGAGAUUGGAGAAAGGGGCAUCAAUCUGAGUGGUGGUCAAAAACAGAGAGUGAACCUAGGCCGUGCAGUCUACAGUGACAGGGACAUCUAUCUGCUUGAUGAUCCUCUCAGUGCAGUUGAUGCCAAAGUUGCAAAGCACAUUUUCAACCAGUGCGUCUUAGGUGCUCUUAGCAACAAAACAGUCAUUCUUGUUACCCAUGCAACUCAUUUUCUGGAAAAAUGUGAUGAAAUAAUCUUGAUGCAAAAUGGAAAGAUCGCAGAGCGGGGAUCACACGCUGAACUCGUGGCUCGUAAAGGAGAAUACUUUGACAUGAUUGGCUUCGAUUCUACCCGAGACAAGAGUGAAAAUGAAGAAGACCCUGGCGAGAAGAAGGACGAAACUGUAAAUGAUGGAAUACCAGCAGUCAAACUCAGAAAUGUGAAAAAAGAAGAAACUGAAGAUAAAGAGGGCAGAGGAAAGUUAACAACGGAAGAAACUAGAGCAACUGGUAGUGUGAGCGGCAAGGUCUAUUUAACGUUCAUUAAGGAAUCUGGAGGUUGGUGCAUUGCCAGCAUUAUCUUCCUUGCAAUUAUCAUUUUCACACUCACACGAAUGUUUAAUGCUAUAUGGCUACAGCAGUGGUUGGAUAAGGGUGAUGGCAGGGCGGAAGAGAGGAAGGACAAUGUGACGGCAUAUAAUCUUACACUCUCAGACGAUGAAAUUAAAGGAGAUAUUUCACAGAAUCCCAUGUUGUGGAUGUACCAGCUUGUGUACGGUUUGAGCUUCAUUCUGCUUCUUAUCACAGGCGUCAUCAAGGGCAUUGGGGUGACAUUCAGAGUGCUGGCCGGUGCAUCAAAGUUGCACAACAAGAUGUUUGAGAGCAUUCUCCGAGCCCCCAUGAGUUUCUUUGACACAACUCCGUCUGGACGUAUUUUGAACCGAUUCUCCCGAGACUUGGAUGAGUUGGAUGUGCGAGUUCCGUUCUUCCUAGAGUUCUUGCUUCAGGGUCUCUUGUUUGUGUUCGGCCAGAUCAUCCUCGUGUGCUUUAUCUACGUUUGGUUUGUCCUCCCACUCGUUAUCAUUGUCAUUUUGUUUAUUGUGGUUGAUGUAUUCUUGAAUGCUGGUGUGAGAGAGCUGAAACGUCUAGAUAACACUCUAAAAUCACCUGUCACUCAGCAUAUUGGGUCAUCUAUCUCUGGACUUUCUGUCAUCCGUGCCUUUGACAAAGAGAGAUUAUUCAUUAACAGAAUGUACAAACUUUUGGACAAACAUUCCUCUUCACUUCUGGUCUUCCGCUUGUCAAAUCGGUGGUUCACGUACCGCAUGGACUUCAUGGCUAUUUGUGUCACAGUGGCUGUCACUGUGAUUUGUGUGUUUACAAAGGGCCUUGUAAGCACUGCUCUUGCUGGUCUUGCUCUGUCAACAGUGAAUGGAGUGUGUGUUUUUAUUCCCUUCUUGAUGAGGAUGAAGUCAGAAUUCCAGUCACGUGUUACAUCAGUGGAGAGAAUUGUUGAAUAUGCCUAUGAAUUGCCGAGUGAAGCACCACGCCAAAUUCCCUCCUCGGAACCGGCUGCAGGAUGGCCCUCGUCAGGCACUUUGGAAUUAAAGGAUGUAAAGCUGCGUUACCGACCUGACCUGCCUCUGGUUCUUCACGGCAUCAGUGCCUCAAUAAAGGAUGGGGAAAAGAUUGGCAUUGUGGGGCGCACAGGAGCAGGCAAAUCCUCACUGAUUUCAACAUUACUACGUAUGUCAGAGUUGGAUUCUGGCAGUGUUAUCGUUGAUGGAGUGGACAUUAGCAAGAUUGGUCUACAUACACUUCGUUCUCAUAUCUCUGUUAUUCCUCAAGACCCAGUUCUUUUCCAGGGCUCAAUUAGGUACAAUUUGGAUCCCUUUGAAGAGCAUUCUGAUGAUGCAGUCUGGCAAGCACUAGAACGCUCUCACCUCAAGGAUGUUGUCACGAAACAGGAACAUAGUUUACACUCCAAAGUAGAAGCAGCUGGAGAGAAUUUCUCGGUUGGAGAAAGGCAACUUAUUUGCCUUACGAGAGCUUUACUUAGAAAUAGUAAGAUUCUUUUGCUAGAUGAAGCAACAGCAUCAGUUGACAUUGAGACUGAUCAUUUAAUCCAGACUACCAUAAAAGAGGCAUUUGUCAACAGCACUGUCCUCACCAUUGCUCACAGACUCAACACUGUGGCCAAUUAUGAUAGAAUAAUGGUGCUAGAUGCAGGAAGGGUAAGUUUUGCUCUUGUGUUCAAGGAGAAAGGAAAAGUGAGAGAGGAUGAGUGGUUAUCCCUGCUACUGAGGGAACUGAAGUGGUUGGAAGGUGAGGUGGCUGCCUUCUCAGAGGUGAGAGGACCUGGCAGUGGCACAAUCAGUAUAGGUGGCUACACCUACUACUGGUCAGGCUGGGUUAAUGGUUAUCAUUUCCAGGGAGUAACCAUAGCCAUCUCCAGCUGA